CGAGCGUGACCGUGGAGUUGAGAUUAUGACCUAUAUAAGUGUUGGAGGGAUCGUCAGGAGGCACAGUUCCUCCCAGACAGGUGAAGACAGAACAACAAAAUGAAAUACUUGGUGCUUCUAAGCUUGGCAGCCAUGUGCUGCGCACGGCCCCAGUUCGUCUUUCUGGUGCCCGGUACAGACGGCCAGGCAGGACAACCAUCACAAGAGCAACUCGCAGCUCUCCAGCAAAGCAUCGCUCCUCUCCUCCAGCAAAUUCAGGCUGGUGGCUUCCCAGGCUUCCAGGCUGGUGGUAGCGCUGCCGUAGAACCAACUGCUGCUGUCGCCGCCACCGAUGCUGCCUCAGCUGUUUCCGCUGAUUCUUCUUCUUCGUCAUCCUCUGCUGAUGCUGCUUCCGUUUCUGCUGAUGCUCAGACUUCCGCUGCAGAAACUGCCCCUGCUGGUGAAACCGCUGCUGCUGCUGAAGUUUCUCUCACCGCUGAAGCUGCUGCUGCUGCUGGUUCUGGCGCUGAACAAGCUCAAGCUUCUGCCUCUGCUGGUGAAGCUGCUGCUGCAGUUGCUGUCGACGCCUCCGCCAACGCCGUCGACCCUCAGUUCGCCAACUUCAUCUUCCCCGGCGACGAUCCCGCCGUGAUCGCUGCCAAGAAGGCUCACUUCGCCGCCGUCAUGAGCGCCCUCGGAAACCGCGUCCACGUCCCAGGAGAGAAAGUUGCUGCUGACGCCACCGGAGCUGAAGCUGAGGCUGGUGAAGCCGGUGAGGCUGCUGGCAAUGCCGAAGCUGAAGCAGGUGAGGCCGCCGAAGCCGGCGAAGCUGGUGAAGCUGGUGAAGCCGGUGAAGCUGGCGAAGCCGGUGAAGCUGGUGAAGCCGGUGAAGCUGGUGAAGCCGGUGAAGCCGGUGAAGCCGGUGAAGCUGGUGAAGCUGGUGAAGCUGGUGAAGCUGGUGAAGCUGGUGAAGCCGGUGAAGCUGAAGCUGGUGCAGCAUAAGAGGGAGGACUGUGAUGCGUAAUGUUGAGUCUUAUAUUAUAUUUUAUAUAUAUCGAAAAUGUGUCCUAUAAUUUUAUGAACGACCAAAGUAUUAUUAUACUUAUUCUAUUUA